GCCGCGCUCCGCCCUUCCGCCGGGACAUGGCGCAGGAGCUGCGGGGCAUGGACGGCGAAGUGGAGGACGGCGAGCUCUCUGGCUCCGACUCGGAUAUGCCCGGCGCCGGCUCCCCCGGACAGAAGCCGCAUGCUGGCAGUGAUUCCUGCAGGCCUUUCCAGAGCAGCCUCUCAUCCUGUGCUCCCAGCAUUCCUUACAGGACCACCAAGAGCGUGGACUCCAGCGAGGAGAGCGGCUCCGACUCUGACGAUGACAGCUGCCUGUGGAAGCAAAAGAGGCAGAAGCGCUUCAACUUCUCCCCUGCCAAACCUGAGCCCUUCCAGCUCGGCCAGAGCCACCAAAAACAGACUGCUCUGCGUGGCAAGAAGGUCAACAACAUCUGGGGCGCGGUGCUCCAGGAGCAGAACCAGGAUGCAGUGGCGACUGAGCUUGGGAUUCUGGGCAUGGAUGGUUCAAUUGACAGGAGCAGGCAGUCUGAGACUUACAACUACCUGCUGGCUAAAAAGCUGAUGAAGGAAGCCCAGCAGAAGGAGGCAGAGACUUUGGAUAGGGAGCUGGAUGAGUACAUGCACGAUGACAAGAAGAUGUUGCCGGCAGAGGAGGAAAACGGGCAGGGCUUCCUCAAACGGAAGCGGCCUGUGAGAGACAGACUGGGGGAAAGGCAAGAGAUGAAAUACAAGGGAAGGUAUGAGAUAACAGAGGAAGAUUCAGAGGAAAAAGUGGCAGAUGAAAUUGCUUAUCGACUUUGUGAGCCAAAGAAAGACUUAAUUGCUCGAGUGGUGAAGAUAAUUGGGAAGAGAAAAGCCAUCGAGCUGCUGAUGGAAACAGCUGAAGUGGAGCAGAAUGGCGGACUGUUCAUCGUGAAUGGCACCAGGAGAAGAACACCUGGGGGUGUUUAUUUAAACCUGCUGAAGAACACACCGAGCAUCAAAGAAGAACAAAUCAAGGAAAUAUUCUAUCUGGAAAACCAAAAGGAGUAUGAAAACAAAAAAGCUGCCAAGAAGAGGAGGAUACAAGUUCUGGGCAAGAAGAUGAAAAAGGCCAUCAAGGGGCUGAACCUGCAGGAAUAUGAUGAUGCAUCUCGUGAGACUUUUGCCAGUGACACAAAUGAGGCUCUGGCUUCCCUGGAUGACCUGCAGGAGGGGCACCACGAGGCAAAGAUGGAACCCGAGGAUACUAUUGAAAUUGAUAAUCCCCACGAUUUAGAGAUCUUUUAGUUACUGAUAUUCUUGGUAACAGAGUCUCUAUGAAAACAUGUUAAGUGAGCCUUUCUUUUAAUCCCGUGGCUUCUUGUUUUUGAAGCAUGGGGAAUGCUUGAUGCUGAAGAACAGGAGGUAGUUUUUAGCUAAAUUUAACAGCAUGACAGACUUAACUGUCCUGUUACUUGUUUGCUGAGUCCUCAGAAACUCUUAAGAUUUUUAUAGAUAACAGCCCUGUGUUACAUUAGGGAGUGUUUUUAGUCACAUGUUAGUUUUAGGAGUUAAGGCUAUGUUUUAACCAAACACUUCUCAUUUAAUUUGCUGAAGCACACAAAGUCAACAGGUGAGCAAUGUUCUUUACUACAGAUGAACAGAAAAAACAGUGUAAAUUUAGUCUUGAUAAAAAAGAUCAUAUAUUCUUGAUGUGGCAGUGUAUUGACAAGAACAGCAGUAUUUAUAGGAUUAAGAUCUGUAAAAACAGAUUGGUUUGUGAAAUAAACUUAAUUUUAGUGGUGAGUGACCUUUGAAUAACAACUUUGUAAAUAAGCUGUAUUGAGCAAUGUAUGUUUCAGAUCUCUGCAGUAGUUUUAUUCUUUGUAUCCAAUGGUGACUUGAGCUUCCUAACUGUUCUAUCUAAACAUUUCCCAUGAUUAGAAACACACCUAAGUUCCAUGGAUCUUUUUGUUUGCAGACCAAUCAAACUGAAAACCUUCAGAACAGUGAGAUUCUACUAAGUUGUGUUCCCUUCAAGGGUCUGUAGACUGUACCUGCAGAUAUAAACCCUUUACCCUGCAGUUCCUGUUUUUGUCCUCCUCCUGUCUGCAGUGAGAUAAUGUGCAGCUUGCAGAAGAUCUGGAGUUUUUCUGUGCUGACUCUUGCAGGGGAUAUUUUUUUUUAUUAUUAACUUGAUGCUGAAAAUAGUUGUGUAGUUUGUUAGUUCGGCCAAAAACAAUUUUUAUGUCGAAUAUUGUUUUUAAUAUAGCUGAAUAACAUGUGCAGCACGGAUAUGCAAGUAUUUUGUCACUAAUUAGUUGUGGCUUUUUUUGUGAGUAGACACUAUUGAUCCCAACUUUUGUGCAUAAAUUUUUUUCACCUUUGAGUCCUUGAGUUUCAGAAGGAAAGUGUGUCACUAAAACACAUUAUCAGUUUAUAAGAUUGAGCAACUCAGUACUGCCAAGAGCUGGCAUUGAAAGGACUGCAGCAUUUGGAGAAAUGCUUCUUACACAUAACAGCACAUUCCAUUACCUGCCUUACUAAACCUGGAUUUUGACUUUUCUGCUUUUUUUCUGUUCAUGUGUCAGAGCUCUUAAUUGUUAAAAAGUUACUCAUCAGAUGUGCAGCAUGCCUUUGCUGGUAGUAGUUGCUCGUGCUGAAAUAAUAAAAUCUCAUAUUUUUUCAUUAACUUUCCUAACCAGUGAUGGCCAGAGUAAACCAGUAACUCCCUAAAGGAAACAGAAUUUUGUGCCGUUUAAUUGCUUUGGGACUGUACCGUUUCAUCCUGGUUUUGGGAACUGCUUGGGGAUAUGUCUUAACUGUUUUCUGGAUAGAAUCAGCAAAUUGUAACGUUGGUUUAAGCAAUUUUUUUAUUGUUAUGUAAUUCGCACUGUGUAUUUUUUUAAUGUUAAUAUUUUUAACCUUGAUUUCCCAGGCAAGGGGUACU